UCAACGUCUUCAUGCCUUUUCAUUCUGUGUCGCUUAGGAAACGGUUCCUUUGAAGCGAUAAAAUGGCAAUCCAACCCGCGUACCGACCAACAAUCGUGAAGAAGAGGACAAAGAAGUUUGUCAGACAUCAAAGUGAUCGUUAUGACAAGCUUAAGCGUAACUGGAGAAAGCCCAAGGGUAUCGACAACAGAGUGCGUAGACGUUUCAAGGGCCAGUAUUUGAUGCCCAAUAUUGGUUAUGGUAGCAAUGCCAAGACACGGCACAUGCUCCCAACAGGAUUCCGAAAAGUCCUUGUCCAUAAUGUCAAGGAAUUAGAAGUCCUGAUGAUGCAGAACCGCAAAUUUUGCGCAGAAAUUGCUCACGCAGUGAGCAGCAAAAAACGGAAAGCAAUUGUCGAACGUGCACAACAAUUAUCUAUCCGAGUUACCAACGCAAACGCACGUAUUCGUUCUGAAGAAAACGAAUAAGUUGGGUAGCUGUAUUUUAUUUCUAAUUAAAAAUAAAAAAUUAUUAAAAAAAAAA